GAUACCGUCCUCAUAAAAAAGAAAUCGAGGGCAUUGAUCACACUAGUGGCAAUUAAUUUUGAUUGACAAGUGGGAGGUGUAAUGAGACGUGGAGAUCGAACAUCGCACUGUCCAAUAGUAAACGUGCGUGGUCGGGAUUACAACAAAGUUAGUGGAAGUGAUAAGGUGACAGGGAAGCUAAAGGGGUGACUGGCUGUAGGUUGGAUAAAUAAAACAUACAGCAUUAUUGACGUUUAAUGACAUUUCAAGUGUAAUAAUUUACUGCUGUCUUCAAAAAUGGCAUCGACCCCUGAUGAGAGCGAGAGAGAAAAAGUCCCCUCAGUGUCUGUUGACCUGAACAACGAUGCCUCUCUGCUUAUUGACAUUCCGGAUGCCCUCUGCGAACGUGACAAGGUCAAGUUCACAGUCCACACCAAAACAGCAUUGGGAAUAUUCCAGAAGCCUGAAUUUUCCGUGACCCGGCAGCAUGAGGACUUCAUUUGGCUCCAUGACACCCUGGUAGAGACAGAGGAUUAUGCCGGCCUCAUUAUCCCGCCUGCUCCUCCCAGGCCCGAUUUUGAGAGCCCCCGUGAGAAGAUGCACAAGCUGGGUGAAGGCGAGGCCUCCAUGACCAAAGAGGAGUACACAAAAAUGAAGCAGGAGCUCGAAGCAGAGUACCUGGCAGUGUUUAAGAAGACGGUACAGGUUCAUGAAGUCUUUCUUCAGCGCCUCUCCUCCCACCCCAUAUUCAGCAAGGACCGCAACUUCCAGAUCUUUUUGGAAUAUGACCAGGAUCUCAGUGUCAGGAGAAAGAAUGCAAAGGAGAAGUUUGGGGGCUUUUUUAAGAACAUGGUGAAGAGUGCGGAUGAAGUCAUCAUCUCUGGGAUAAAGGAGGUGGAUGACUUCUUUGAGCAGGAGAAAACGUUCCUGCUGGACUACUCUGGCAAGAUCAAAGACUCCACUGCCAAAGCAGAAAAGAUGACCCGCUCACAUAAAAAUGUGGCGGAUGAUUACAUUCUCAUCUCCACUACCUUGAGCAGCCUAUCAGCAGAUGAUACUACAGCACUUAAAGGGCACCUGAUGAAGCUUGCAGAGCUGUUGGAGAAGCUUAGGAAGGUGGAGGCCCGAGUUGCGUCAGAUCAGGAGCUGAAGCUGACGGAGCUGCUGAGGUACUAUAUGAGGGACAUCCAAGCUGCCAAGGACCUAUUAUACAGGCGUGCCCGAGCCCAGGUGGACUACGAGAACUCCAAUAAGGCCCUGGAAAAGGCCCGUCAGAAGAGCAAAGACAUGCUUCAAGCUGAGGAAAACCAGCAGCAGUGCUUGCAAAAGUUUGAUAAGCUAUCCGAGUCAGGCAAGAAAGAGCUAACCAGUUUCAAGGGAAGGAGAGUGGUGGCCUUCCGUAAGAACCUCAUUGAGAUGGCCGAGCUGGAGAUCAAGCAUGCCAAGAGCAAAGUGUCUCUGCUGCAGGGCUGCAUUGAGCUUCUCAAGACCAACUGACCACAUCUCCUCCAGGCCCACUGUAACUCAACAAGAAAGGAAAUCAGCUGGACGGCUCCCCGAGGCUGCCUCCUCUCCCUGUAAAACCAAGCCCAGCUUGGUCAGCGUCAGCUGUCGCCAAGUUCACAAACCCACCCCCCCUUUCCCUCCAAACCGCACUUCCAGUUGCUCUUGUUUCUAAUCCAAGCCAAACAGGCAUUUCCACGGUUGCAGCUACAUUAGAGUGGCAUUGACACUUGCAUAUGAAGGGUCCAGUCUGCACACCGUGAAUUUUUUAUUUGACAUUUUUUCACAUUUUUCUGAAAUAUAAGUGCAGAAUUACAUUUCCUGUUACUCUGUUUUGCUUAGAUUACGGUGCUCAGAGCAGAUUCUUUGCUAGUUUGUUUUCUCCUCUGCUUGCAUUACCACUGUCCUCUUGUAAUCAGUUAGCCAAAGAAUGUACGGAGAGGUGAGCUUUUAUGAUCUCUGCUCUAACCCAGAGGCCUUGCACCUGGAGUCUGCAGAAGAGUUUGACCCCCGUUGUUGACCCUGUAAGGGCUGUUCACAGCUGCAGCCAUUUACCCAUGAAAGGGAUGGAUGAGGGUUUUGACUUCACAAAUGGUUAGGAGAGCAAAGAUCCUGCCUUAAUGCAUGAUGGGUUUCUGUUGUGUUGGACUUCUCUCAGGGUUGCAAAGUCACUUACGAAGCCAUGUUAAUUUCAGUACAGAGGUUUCGCCCAAUGCUAGUGUGCCCAGCUGUGGAUGGAAUGGUGGAAUUAGGUUUCAGCUCCAGUACAACAUGGAGACACCGAGGAAGACUAUAUUAAGAGUAGAAAUGGUAAAAGUUAAAUAGUUGAAACUUGGUGUCUAAAAGAAGAGAAAAGAUUCUUCCGGUUAUUAUAACUUCAGCACCCCUGAUGUGAGCUUCCCUUAAAAUAUUUGUCAUUCUGAUAAUGAAGCAGGCAGUUGUAGGUUUUCAUUCCAUUGAUACUGAAUUCUGUUUGAUACUGUCUACUAAUACAUCUUUCUCAAAAAUGCAUCUGGUUUGUGCUUUAACUUUGCGGCCACUUCCUCAAGCCAGUCAGACGCAGCAGUGGCAUUUGAUGUAUUAAUCAAAGUUGUAUAGUGAAUAUUCAGUGCUCUGUUUGGUGUAAUUCCAGGGUACGGUGUAGGUUAGCACUAAACAUGAACAUUUUGUGUCAAGUAUUCAACUUUAUUUCUGAGUGUUGGCAAACAGACUUGUGAAUAUAAUAACAGGGUAGAGCAUUUUAUGUGAGUUUUUUGUGAGGGAUGUUAUGAAAUAUGCAUUUUCAACUGUGAUUAGAAUCAUAUUUUUGACAUGGGAAAAAAUACUAAUCUGUUGAUAUGUGCGCGACAUACCUGAAAUCCAUGUUUAUAAUUUGUGUGCUUCUGCUCAGCUAGUAAAUAAGGUUCUCACAAUGUUUCUGUAAUGUUAUCACAAGUUUACAAUUCCACGCGUUGGGAAAAUGUAACAUUUUAGCUAGGAGGCCGUGAAGUUUGUCUUUAGUUCCCUCUAAAAGAUAGAAGAGAGCAGUCUUACCUUGUAAUCAACCCUAUGAGAGAAAGCGACUGCAGGC